UGUGAGUGAAAGUGGACCCGCACGCAGCUCCGAGUCGGCGGUUCGGUGUGAGCCGGGUUCCCGUUAGUCCGCCCGCAGCCCCGAGAACGCCGUUCGAGCUCCAAACUUUCCGUUUUAGGGGCACGAGUGGGUUCCUCUGUGAUGACAGCCCUCUCAGUCGUUGUGUGAUUGCCACGUAACACACGUCUACGCACAAAAACCAACCCAGCGGAGAGCGUUGCACGAUUAGUGUAGCGCACCGAUACAAAUGUUGCAAGUCUGCAACAAGCCGAGACAUUUCCAUAAACAAGCUGGAAGACGCAUCCAUAAAUUACACGUGAACAACUUUGGUGUGUUGUGUUUUUUGUUAAUGAUCGGGCCUGCAAGACGAGCGAUUUGAAAAUAUCGAUCUCAACAUGGGAAGCAGCCAGAUGGACAGUGGAUUCUAAUGCACACGUCGCUUUAAUGAAGACAAAAACGCAUUAUAUCUUUAUGAAAACAUACCCCCGAAUAAAUCAAUACAUCUCGCGGAUUAAAAGGCAAAAAGCGAGGCCACCGUGCAGAGGGAAAACUUUCGAUCACGGGAGGAAGUAGUUUAGAAGAAUACGAUCAGACAGCCAUGUCACUUUGCAGGAGAGCGGAUCAUUCGGCACCCCGUCUAGCAGCAGUCCGGGUCCACUCUCCCAUUCAACAUGUGGGUCGGGACUUACCUCGAACAUCAGCCCGAGGAGGAACACCAUAGCAACACAGGAAACAAUGUCUGCAUGGUUCUGGAUGACAAACUCAUGGCUCAGCACUGGCGGAUUCUUGUUGGUCUUUUUUCGGAUCCCCAUGUCGGCACAACUUUUGCUUUACGCGGCGCAGAUGUGGUCGAUUUCUGUCGCGAUAUUAUUAUUAUUAUUAUUAUUAUUAUUAUUAUCCGUCUGGUACGAGGACGCUCAAAGCUUCAUACGAGCGAAGGGCCAGGCAGCAAUUGAAUGGCGUGUCACUCUGCUGCUAGUGGGAGGGUCGAGCCGCGGAGGAUGAUCAACGACACUCUUUUACGCACGGGAGAGAAACAGCUGGGGCUCUCUAUCGCUCCCUAGAGGUUUGGAGUAUAAGAGAGAGUAUUGCUAACCCAUUGCCUGUAAAUGCAUUUCCUUAUUUGAGGAAGACACUUGUUUGCUUUCUUGUGGAGAGUUAGAGGAGUAAAUUGAUACCACUGUCAUAUGUGAAGCGGUAUCAAUUUCCUCAUCUGGCAUCGGCAAGAAAGCAAAUAAGCCUAUUUCCCCCCAAAAUGUAUUCCUUUAAUCAAAAUACUACACACUAAUUAUAGAUACUUCACGCCAGGGGCUUUGCUGAUGGGUACUGUAGUACUUCAGGACACACACAUCAUACACAUAGUGGGUAAGUGGGAGGGUUCAGUAUGGAUCCACAGCCACAAUUCUUUGCCCGCAGUUAAUGUAAGUGCUUGGAUUACAGGAAAACCACUGUGCAAGGUGUGCACAGCAAUCAAAAGAUACACCUGUCGUUGAAAAUGAAGCAAUACGUCUGGGGUUGUCUCGGGAUUUCACCACUGACUGGCUGCAAUUCAAGCCACCCAAAAAAUCUCUGUAGGACAAAGGAUUGUGACAGGGAAGUUAAAGCAGGAACUAUUACCCAGUCAUACACACACACACCCUUACAUGCACACAGGCACAAGAUCUGUUAUGUAAUUACACAUUUCUGGUUUGACUGUUAGUUCAGAAGGUUGUCACGAGGGUGGGGCUUCACUCGGCUCACAAGUUUCAAGGAAAGAGAUAGAGGACGGCUGCAUGCAGACGUUUGUGCCUCUGUGUCUGUACACAGCUGUCUGCCAUGGGAACAAUAUACUGGUAAGUUGAAUUGAUGGUGAUAUGCAGUAAUAAUUGUGUGUACAUUAAGGCAGAAUGUGAUCAAUUUGGGAUUUGUAUAUGAGCUCAGAAUCAUUUGUAAAGAAUCUUUAUGAAAAUACGAUAAAUUAACUUUGGCUGUAUUUUUAUCGAGGUGAAGAUAAUAUGAAUGAUAUUUUGAUAUUGUGCUGUCUUAAAUUAGUUCAUUUUUAUUGCUUUACUUUACAAUGGCCUCUCAUUAAACAGUUUAAUAUUAUAUUGAGUCUCGAGGAUUUAAAGACUUUAUGGAAACCUCUAAUGAAGUUAUUUUUUUAUUGAGAAAAUAGGUUUUAAAAUGCCAUUCAGAUGUACAAUAAAAAAUACAGUAAAUCUUAUAAAAGACUUGAAUGCACAUCACAAAUCAUUUUAUCAUUCCUGCCGAUAACAUCAUUUUCCUAUCGUGUUUGUAAGUAUGCCAUUUAGCAGGACCCAGUGUUUAUGAUAGAGUUCAAAGGGCAGCAGACUGCAGUCAUGUUGCAUUUCACCACCGUCAUGAGAUUUGUGGUAAACCUGCACAAGAUUUCAACGAAAUAUUUGCGCGUGAUAAGCACUCUGUCUUUCCCAUGAUACUCAUUGUUGUUUUUUUAAACAUCAUGUCGUAAUGCUCCUACAGAUUGACCAAAAUGGCACCUGAUCUGCUGGGGUCCAACACCAAACUGUCCACAGCAGCUUUUCCUCAGAACCUUCAGAGCGAAACUGAGCAAACCACAUGUCUACCUUCAUCGCAGAGCGACGCGUUUGGUUGAAUGACGACACAAAUGCCUCCAUCGGACAAUCAAUACACUAAACUGCGAUGGUUACUGACCAUCGCUGGACUGUUCUUGUAUGUUGGGGACAUUUGGACAGACAUCGGACUGGCCGUGAAAUAUUUUCGAGAGGGUCGUUUUGUGUGGACCGGACUGACUCUGGUGUUUGUGCUGGGUGGGCUGCUGGUGACGCAGAUCUUCAGCUACGCCUGGUACAGGGACGACAUGAAGGACGUUAUGAUGAACCCUGAGGGGAAACCAACCGUAUCAGGCUUGUCCAGAGGUACCCUGGUUGUCCUGCACCUAUUUGGCAUGGGCAUCUUCCGCAGGUAUUAUCACCUGCUGAAAAAGGGCUUCACAGUGGUUUGGAUCGCUAGACAUUCCUACACAGUGGACGAGAGGAGCGACGUGCACAAGAAUUUGUUUUGCAUGGCGACAGAUCUGAGCAUGCUCAAGCUGUUUGAGACUUUCCUGGAGAGUGUCCCCCAACUCCUUCUGCAGCUUUACAUAGUGCUGGUCCAAGGGGGUUGCUCAGUCUUGCAAUUUUUCUCCAUGGCGUUCUCCUUCUUCAACAUCGCCUGGUCCCUGGUUGACUAUCGCCGCUGCCUGCGUAGAUCCCUCCCCCACAUCGGGGAGAUGCCCUCCGGCCUCCCCACAGCCAUCUACCUCCUCUACAAACUCUGCACCAUCACCAGCCACAUCCUCAGCUACACCCUCCUCCUCAUACUGAGCCCCUACACCGCAAUAGGCCUCACCGUCCUCUGGCUUGUGGGGACCACCUGGACACACGUGCUUCAGACCAACUUCUGCUCAUCUGGAAGGCUCGAGCAACUGUUCCGAGCGGUCAUCGGAGUCAUCCUCACGUUCACCUUUUUCAACGUCAAAGGAGAGGGCACCAAGGUGGCCGUGAUCGUCUACUACACGUUCUAUACUUUUGUAAACAUUGCGGCUCCUUUGCUGCUGGCUCUGUUGAAGCCAGAGUUGCAGGGCUCCACGUUUUUGCUGACAGUCAGCUUUUUAAUCUUUGGAGGAUCAGUGCUGGGCCUGGUGUGCCUGGUGCUGUACUACCUCCUCCUGCAUCCCAGAGAGAAGUGGCGAGAGGCGGACGAGGUGGACAGCCUGGGGAAGGAAACACAUGCCGCAAAGAGAGUACAAAACUUUUUACAGCCUGGAUAAUCUAUUUCUGGUUACGGGAGUGCGGAGAAAAAGAUGGCUGGGAAUCUGAGACUACUGUUAACUACUACUAACAAUUUAAUGAUGAAAAUAAGAGCCUUUACUUACAGAGAGGUGUCAUCUUGAUAUUGUGCCUUAAUAAUGCUAACAGUUAUCUUCUGAGGAAAGUUAGCUUUUUUCAUUACUAAUACAAAUAGCAAAGCAAUUAGGUGCAAUAAAGUUGACUAUAUAAAUUAUAUUUUAUUUAUUAUUGUUUACUAAACUUGUCAAAACUACAUAUUUGUCAAACUACAUAUUUAUUCUUAGCAAAAAUACUGUAUUUGUAAUAACCCUUAUGGAAUGCAUUGUCUCCGACCAAGACUGUCCCAUUAAUAAUGCAUUGUAUUAAAAUCUAGAAAUUAUAU